AUGUCCGGAGAAGAGGACUUCUACCUCUUUGAGAACAUCUCCUCAGUGGGCCCCUGGGAUGGCCCCCAGUACCACAUCGCCCCAGUCUGGGCCUUCUACUUCCAGACGGCCUUCAUGGGCUUCGUGUUCUUUGCCGGCACGCCGCUCAACGCCAUCAUCCUCAUCGUCACGGUCAAGUACAAGAAGCUUCGGCAGCCACUCAACUACAUCCUGGUCAACAUCUCCUUCGCCGGCUUCCUCUUCUGUGUCUUCUCGGUCUUCACCGUCUUCCUGGCCAGCUCCCAGGGCUACUUCUUCUUCGGGCGCCACGUCUGUGCCUUGGAGGCCUUCCUAGGCUCGGUGGCAGGCCUGGUCACCGGGUGGUCGCUGGCCUUCCUCGCCUUCGAGCGAUACAUCGUCAUCUGCAAGCCCUUCGGAAAUUUCCGCUUCAACGCCAAGCAUGCGCUGCUGGUGGUUGCGGCCACCUGGGUCAUCGGGAUCGGGGUCUCCAUCCCACCCUUCUUUGGGUGGAGCAGGUUCAUCCCCGAAGGCCUGCAGUGCUCCUGCGGCCCCGACUGGUACACGGUGGGCACCAAGUACAAGAGCGAGUACUACACCUGGUUCCUCUUCAUCUUCUGCUUCAUCGUGCCGCUCACCCUCAUCGUCUUCUCCUACUCACAGCUCCUGGGCGCCCUGCGGGCUGUCGCCGCCCAGCAGCAGGAGUCGGCCACGACGCAGAAGGCCGAGCGGGAGGUGUCGCGCAUGGUGGUGGUGAUGGUCGGCUCCUUCUGCCUCUGCUACGUGCCCUAUGCGGCCCUGGCCAUGUACAUGGUGAACAACCGCGACCACGGCCUGGACCUGCGCCUGGUCACCAUCCCGGCCUUCUUCUCCAAGAGCGCCUGCGUCUACAACCCCAUCAUCUACUGCUUCAUGAACAAGCAGUUCCGGGCUUGCAUCAUGGAAACUGUGUGCGGCAAACCGAUGACGGACGAGUCCGACGUGUCCAGCUCUGCCCAGAAAACCGAGGUUUCCUCCGUGUCCUCCAGCCAGGUUAGCCCCAGCUAA